AUGUGUUUUUUUUUUGUGUUUUUUUUGCAAGGAUAGCAGGGAUCCCACGUUGUUGAGUUCAAAAGAGUUUGGAAGCAAAGCGGAAGUGCUAACGCGGCUGUAGCGCCAAGCGGGUCCAAGUUAAACACUUGAGCGGGGAUCAGGCUGCAGGAUGUGGGCUCGGGUUACGGCCGGGGGCUCGGGGCUCGGGCUGCGGGCUUCUAGGGAGUGCUUGCUGCGGGUCACGGGUGCUGGAUGUGCGGGGAAGAUACUACAGGAGAGACGGGAUUCCAGUGCCGAGGCUGCCCUGAAGAAAACCACUCUCUUUGACUUCCACAGGAACAAUGGUGGAAAGAUGGUGGAGUUUGCAGGCUGGAGUAUGCCUGUCCAGUACAAAGACAGUCACAUCGCCUCACACAUGCACACCAGGGAGCACUGCUCCAUCUUUGAUGUCAGCCACAUGCUCCAGACCAAAAUCCACGGAAAAGACCGGAUAAAGUUCAUGGAGUCUCUGGUGGUUGCAGAUAUCGCAGAGCUGAAGGACAACCAGGGUACGUUGUCCCUCUUCACCAACGAGAAAGGAGGAAUCAUUGAUGACCUCAUAGUGACAAAGACCGACCAGGGUUACCUCUACGUGGUCUCCAACGCCGGCUGCGCCGACAAAGACUCGGCUCUUAUGAAGGCCAGACUGGCAGAGUGCAAAGCUGCCGGGUUUGAUGUGGACCUGGAGUUCAUUGACGAAGCCCUGAUUGCACUUCAAGGUCCCACCAUGGCUCAGGUGCUUCAGGCUGGGCUGAAAGGAGACCUCAGUAAGCUGACCUUCAUGACCUCCACCCUGGUCACGGUGUUCGGUAUUCCUGACUGCAGGGUGACCCGCUGCGGAUACACCGGAGAGGACGGGGUGGAGAUUUCUGUUCCUCGUUCCAGAGUGGUUGAGCUGGCAGAGAAGCUGCUUAGCAACAAUGAGGUGAAGCUGGCCGGUCUGGGAGCCAGAGACAGUCUUCGGCUGGAAGCGGGACUUUGUCUCUACGGCAACGACAUAGAUGAGACCACCACGCCUGUGGAAGCCAGUCUUGUUUGGACGAUAGGGAAGCGUAGGCGUCAGACGAAGGAUUUCCCUGGCGCUGACAUCAUUGUGCCGCAAAUCAAAGCCAAGACAGCUAGGAAAAGAGUUGGACUGGUGUCCACCGGUCCCCCAGUGAGACAGCACACCCCCAUCCUGAGCCCUGACGGACAGGUCAUAGGGGAAGUGACCAGCGGCUGUCCCUCUCCCUGUCUGAAAAAGAACGUCGCCAUGGGCUACGUGGACGCAGCAUUUGCCAAGAACGGAGCAGCCGUCCAGGUUGAAAUCAGAAAGAAAACAGUCCCAGCCAUUGUCAGCAAGAUGCCCUUCGUCCCCACAAACUACUACACUGGAUAGGAACCACACACUGGAUCAUUCUACCAAUUGCCUCUCUCAUUUACAGUCGUCUCCCCCUGGUGUUUAACUCCAGCAAUACAAGGCCAAUUUAGGAUUUAAAAAUACUUUCCAGCAAGUGUGGGGGG